UUCUUUGCUACUCAUGGGUAUGACAAAUGUCCAGAGACAUCCUUGCCAAGUCAGAUCAACAGCAAAGUGACGGCGACAGAGAGUGCUCUCAAAAAGAAGAUUAAGGAGUCCUGGAAGAGGACGCUUUUGGAGAAGGACAAGCGUGUGCUGGAAGGAGCUGAAGAGCCUGCACUGUAACCCUCAUCCCUUCAUCAGAGUCUUCCCAUCAGAGUCAGACUUCAUGUUCUGGAGGAUUCUCAUGCAGGGCCCUCCUGACACACCGUAUAAGAAAGGCGUGUUUGAGCUGUACUGCCAGUUUGGUCCUGACUACCCAGCCAAGCCUCCACUCGUCCGCUUUGUCACACCCGUGUACCACUGCAAUGUCAACAGUGUGGGUCGCAUCUGCCACAACUUAUUUGACCGCAACUACAACGCCCACAUCACCAUGAGAGAGAUCCUAGAAGCUGUGUACGGACUGCUGAUCAGCCCUGAGCCUGAGGACCCACUGGACAGCAUUUUGGCUGAAGAAUUCCUGACAAGCCGGGAGACGUAUCAACGAGAAGCUGAGAAACACACAGAGAAAACUGCAGGAAAGUCCCUGGAUGACAUGGAGAAAAACCUGGUGGAGCCUGUUCCACAGUUUAUACCCCAACAUCUGAUCUGUCCGCUGACCAAGAAGAUGUUUGUUGAUCCUGUGAAAACUGCGUAUGGCACAGUGUAUGAACGCAAGGCCAUUGAGGAACACCUGAAGAAACACCAUUACGAUCCGUUGGCGGGCCCAGGAAAUGAGCUUCAAAUGUGCGACAUCAGAGCCGACCAGGACAUGAAGAAAAGGGUGAUGGAUCAUCGCUCUCGGCAAAUUAGGUUCUAGGUUACAAUAGUGUACCUCAAGUCAAGUUCACAUAUAAAAGGAAAUGAACCCAGUUACUUUAUUUUUAUCGAUAGUUGCUUUUUGGCGCUUUAUUCAUCCUGUUUAUUGGGAAAGUUUGUAUGUUAUAUCACUCCCUUCCUGACAUCACUUUUCAUAUUGUUUUUGUGUGUGUUUAGGGUUAGUUGUUUAACUUUUGAUUGUACAAUGUCCUUUUUAUAGCUGUCCUUUUUUCACAGUUGUAUUACUAAAGUUUUUUGUCUCUAAAAAGCAUGUUAUAGAGUAUAUUGAAUUCAGUUCA